AUAUCCAACUGGUAUAUCUAAAGCUAACAGAGUCGGGGUCGUCAUCGCCAAUAAUGGCGGUUUCCGGCGGCACGACUAUCAAAGGAUAUAGACAUGGAGUCGACCGACUGUUAAACUGUGAUACAAGUCUGUGAAUGCAACACGGAUACACAUACCUUUAAAUAUUCGUAAAGGCAAUCGUUCUAUUUCACGUUUUCGUGAAUAAACGUUUUACACAGAUAAAACUAAGUUAGACAAUCAAACAUUAAUACGUUUCGUGGGAUGUGGUUCUUCCGCAUUUGUGAAUAGUCAAACAAUUUUCGAUGCGAGACGUGUGUAGUGUUUCUCAAAUGGAGUUGACUGUACAAUCGUGAUUUUCGGCUUCUAAUAGACUGACCGCAGUUUACACAACAUCGCAGAAAAAGGAAUUAUUGUCCGUUCCAUUUAAACGUGCGAUCCUUCCAUAAAAAUUACCAUAUCAUGGCCUCGUCAAAUAGAGGUAUACAAAUUGGUUCGGCCUGGUAUCAAACUAAAAUUAACCUAAGACCACAGCAUCGUGGCGUACAUCUUGUCACCGAAGAAAUUUUAAGACAAAUUCCAGAACUGUAUCAGUUCUCUGUUGGUCUUUGUCACAUACAGAUUCUUCAUACAUCAGCUAGUUUAGCAUUAAAUGAAAGCUGGGACCCUGAUGUAAGAGAUGAUAUGGAAAUGAUGCUUAAUAAAAUAAUUCCUGAAGGAUUAGAGUAUCGACAUAACUGUGAAGGUCCAGACGACAUGCCGGCACAUGUAAAAGCAUGCUUUUUGGGAUCUUCAUUAAGUAUUCCAAUUACGGAUGGGAAGUUAGCCCUUGGUACAUGGCAAGGUAUUUGGUUUUGCGAACAUCGUGAUCAAGCUGGAAGUCGCAAAUUAAUUAUAACAUUGACCGGUUGUCUCAGGGAUUCAGCACGUAGCCCUUUAAGUCCUGUCAGCCCUAUUGCUUCUACUAGCAGCUAGGACCAAUCACACCCCCAAAGGUGUGGCAAACGUCAGCUGCACAUAUCUACUUCUAGUGAUUCAAGCUAGCAGCUGCUUAAUUCUAGAGAAAACCUAAGAGUAGAGUCCAAGGAAGAGUGAGUGGAUACUAUGUAAACAUAUAAGGAGUGUAUAUAUGAGUCUUUAUAUUGAAAAAAUAGCUGGGAAUUUGCUUAAUUUUUAGAGUCAUACUUUAGAUAUUCAAUUAAAUCAUUAUACAAUUACAGGAACAGACUAUUUUAUUUUUUAAUUUCUUUUUACAUCUGCUUUUAAGAAUAAACUGCUUUAAAUUGAUAAAAAAACAUGCAUGCACGUAUUUGAGUGAUCCAUGCAAUAAGUUCUGGUUCAUUAUUUAUGUUUCAUGCAUAAUUGAAUUCAUUUAAUAAAAUUACAAAAGGUACAAAAGUCAAAGUUGGAUGUUUAAUCUAGUAACGAUAUAUUGCAGUUACUGUGCAAUAAAGUGUUCCAUACCAAAAAAAUCAUGACAGAUAUAAGUUAUACAUACUUUAGAGAAAUGCAACGUAAUUACAUUAGUAUCCUAUACUCUUUCUCGUUACUCUUAGAUACAAAUAAUCUAAUGCAUUCUAAUGCGUCCAGUACUCCGAAUUUAAUUAUAUAUAGCUUUAUUUAAGAGACCCUUUUACAAAAAUAGUAAAAUUUGCCAAGAAAAUUAUACAGACAAGUGCUGGUCUGAAAACUUGCAUUCUUUUUUAUAUCGUGCAAGAUAACCAGCUUUAAUACAUUCUUUGUUAUAACUUUCUAAUUCGCUGCUUUUCAUAGUGCUGCUAUUUCUAAUGACGUUUCCAUUACACUGGGGGUGUACAUAGAAAGGUAUUUCUCAACAAAUUCAAUAUCAAAAUUCUUUGCUGUGCUAAUGCAUUUCUGCUAGAAGUAAUUCCAAAAUCUUAAAAAUAAGAUGCAUUUACUGAUAUGUGUGCAAAUUAAGAACCAUUAAAAGUUCCAAGAUUAUACAGCAAUGAUCUAUAUUUUGCAUUUGUAAGCAAAACUUGGCAUUUUUAAAUCUAAACAUCCUAGUGUAAUAUAAAAUGAUGCAUACAUUCCUGCAGAGAUCUAGCACUGCAAAGAGCUAUAAUAAAAAUAGCAUUCUCAUUACGUUUAUUAUUAACCAAAGGUUAUUGUGAACUUGUAAAUGUAUCUAAUAUAAAAUUAAGCAAGUUGAUGUUAGUCAGUAAUAUUAUCCAUGUAUAGCGUAAACAAUCGUCCAUUCAUCGAUUAAUGGAUACGCUUUGUAAAAUAUCUAAUCCAAUAAUCCAUAGCUUAAAUAUCAACGAGUUAUAACAUUUCGUCUAUAACAAAAUUAUACACCAGAUUGGUGCACUUCGUGAUACAAUCUCAAAUACUGGAGAUUACGAAAUUCAUGCGCGCGAUUGUGAUUUUGAUCUUCUAAAUAUAUCCAAAAAAAAAAAAACAACAAAUUUUUAUGCCUAUAUGCCGAAUAACAACUGAGCUGUCUAACUGAGGAUAAGUGAUAAGCAAAUAUAUGUCUGUCAAGCUGCCAAUACUGACAUACAUCAUUGGAGUAGCAUGAGCUACUGUACUGCAUGUUUACUACACUUGAUGGUGGUAUAUAAAUUACAGACUUUGCUUCUAAUAAAUAUAAUAAGUGAAUUUUACUGCU